UGGCUUGUUGACGCGUCUGCCUUACAACAUCAGAAGCAAUGAGAUCCUCCUCUACCGGAAAGGGAAAGAGGCAGUGGUCCAGACUGACUUCCACCUGACUGUCACCUUCGACUGGCAAAAUCGGGUCACUGUGACUGUGCCCAGCACUUAUGCCAAUGCCCUUUGUGGUCUCUGUGGGAACUUCAAUGGCAACAAACUUGAUGAGAUGACCAUGAAAGAUGGGAAAGUGGCUCUGAGUCCAUCCUCCUUUGGUGAGAGCUGGAAAAUGCAGGAGGUACCAGGCUGCACUGAGAUGGACAAAGAAGAAUGUCUGGGCUGUCAGCCAUUGAGAGCCACCAACGCCACCUUGGGAGGGAAUGCGGGCUCAUCCUAGCCAAGAGGGGCCCUUUUCAACGGUGUCACAGCACAAUUGAACCUGAGGAAUACUUCCAGGAUUGUGUCUAUGAUUCUUGCUUUUUUGAAGGCCAAGAAGCUGUGAUUUGCCAAGCCAUCGCCAACUAUGCAGAAGCCUGUCAGGCAGCUGGCGCAAGCCUUGAGGCAUGGAGAACCAAAACCUUCUGCAGUCUGCCUUGUGCGGCAAAUAGCCACUAUGAACUCUGUGCCCAGGACUGUACCCAGGCUACCUGUGGCAGCAUCUCUGUCCCUGUCCCUUGUUCAUCCAAAUGCCAAGAAGGUUGUGUGUGCAAUGAAGGCUUUGUGCUGAGUGGAGAUCAGUGUGUCCCUGUGUCCCAAUGUGGUUGCUUCUAUGAGGAUCGCUAUUACUUGGCAGAAGAAACAUUCUACCCAACAUGCCAGAAGCGUUGCGUAUGCCAGCCUGGAGGGACUUUGAAGUGUGAAGCUGUCUCCUGUGGUCCCAAUGAAGAAUGCAGGCUGCUUGAUGGCAUCCGGAAAUGCCACUCAAUUGGCAAUGCUACCUGCUCGGUUUUUGGCAUCCCUCACUAUGUUUCCUUUGAUGGACUAUACUAUCAUUUCCAAGGCACGUGCACAUAUACCUUGGCUAAAACUAAUACGGAAAAUGGGAAACUGCCUCAUUUCACUGUGAAUGUGGAGAAUGAGGUUUAUGGUGAUGGGAAGAGCUCGGAUACCAAGGCAAUCUCUCUCAUGGUGUAUGGACUUACAGUGACAUUAGUGCAGAACAAACCAGGACAAGUGAAGGUGAAUGGUGUUUUCCAACCACUUCCCAUGACCCUUUCUGUUUCCGGAGGACAGCUUAGAGCCUACCAGCAUGGCCUGAAAUUAUUGAUACAAACAGAUUUUGGCCUCAUUGUGGGUUAUGACUUGAUUUACCACAUGAUAGUCACUGUCCCGGGCAUAUACCGAGGUGAAAUGCAAGGCCUAUGUGGGAACUACAAUGGAGUGAAGAAUGAUGAGUUUCUACUCCCUGACAGCAGGACAACCUCUGACGUAGCUACAUUUGGGGCUGCCUGGAAAGUUCUGAUUCCUGGGAGAGAAACAUCCUGUUCGGAUGGAUGCACUGGGAGUAGCUGCCUGGUCUGCGAGGAGAGGAAGAAGGACAUGUUCAAGCAGCGCAACUACUGUGGGAUCCUCAAUGCAUCCAAUGGCCCCUUCAAAGCUUGCCACAGCCAAGUGGACCCCAGUGUGUACUUCAACACCUGUGUUUAUGAUGUGUGUCUGGCCAAUGGGGACAGCUCCGCAUUGUGCCAGAGCAUCCAGAGCUAUGUGUCUGCCUGCCAAGGGUCCGGAGCUUCUGUCCAGCCUUGGAGAACUCCAUCCUUUUGCCCUCUCAGUUGUCCAGCCAACAGUCACUAUGAGGUUUGUGCAAAUCUCUGCUCCACCAGCUGUACCAAGAUUACUGACACCAGAGCAUGUCCAGAGGGCUGUGCAGAGGGCUGCCAGUGUAACAACGGCUACUUUUUUGAUGGUCAUGGCUGUGUUCCUGUAGAAAGUUGUGGAUGCUUCAAGAAUGGACGCUAUUACAAGCCCAAUGAGCAGGUUCUUCUGAACAGAUGCCAGGAGCGCUGCCGCUGUCUCCCAGGCCAGGAAUUAACCUGUGAGGCUCACAGCUGUCCCACUGAUGAAACCUGUGAAAUCCAGAAUGGAGUCAUGGCUUGCGUUGAGAAAGAUGACCCAGUUGCUUCAUGCAGCUUGAUCAAAUGUGGGAAGGAUGAAACGUGCGAGAUCAUAGAGAGACACCCAGUAUGUGUGCCAAAAUCUGAAUCUACCUGCUGGGCACAAGGAUAUCACCAUUAUCACACAUUUGAUGGGAGGACCUUUGACUUCAUGGGCACUUGUACCUACACUGUCGCCAAGACAUGCAGCUUGGAUGCAGCUCUCCCUUCUUUCAAGAUUGAGGCCAAGAAUGAAAACAGGGGCAAUCCUCGUGUUUCUUAUGCUGGUUAUGUGACCAUCACAGUCUACAACAUCACCAUCUCUGUCUCCAGAAAUGAGAUUGGAUUUGUGAGGGUGGAGAACCAACUGUCCCACCUGCCUAUUUCCUUGAACGAAGGGAAGCUCCGUCUCUACCAGAAUGGGGAUUCAGUUUGUAUUGAGACUGAAUUCUCCCUGAAAGUCUCCUAUGACUGGGGUAACUUUUUGCAGAUCAAAAUCCACAAGAGAUUUUCAGAUCGUGUGUGCGGCCUUUGUGGGAACUACAACAAUGACCCCAGAGAUGAUUUCACCACCCCCAGUGGAACUUUGGCCUCCAGUCCCGUGGAAUUUGGGAGCAGCUGGAAGGUGGAGGACGAGGACAGAUUCUGCUGGGAUGACUGUCCACCAGAGGGUUGCAAAAGCUGCUCCUUCGCACUGGCCAAAAAAUAUAAAGCGGAACCCUUCUGUGGCUGGAUCACCAAAGGAGGGAAUGGCCCAUUCAGCCAAUGCCAUUCUGAGAUCAGCCCUGAAAUCUUUCUGGAAAACUGUGUCUAUGAUGUAUGUUUGAGUGACGGGCUGAAGGAAGUGCUUUGUGAAUCCCUGAAGAAUUAUGCAGAAACUUGCCAGAAAGAAGGAAUUGCUGUUUCUGACUGGAGAACACCCACUGGAUGCUUGUCCUUAAUUUGCCCCGCAAACAGCCAAUACAAGGCCUGUGGACCUGCGUGUCCCAUUACCUGCAACAACGAAGCUCUUCCCAGCAGCUGUGCCUCAUUGCCUUGCAUUGAGACCUGCCAGUGCAAUGAAGGCUUUGUGUGGGGCGCUGGGAAAUGCAUUCCCAAGAGUGACUGUGGCUGUCUCUUUGAAGGAAAGCUCUUUUCUCCAGGAGAGCAAUUCUGGGGAGAUUCCAGCUGCACAAGUCGCUGCACCUGUGACCCAGGGACCAAGCGUGUGAUCUGCAAGACGAGAGGCUGUAGGAGCGGAGAGCACUGUAGGGUGGAAGGUGGCAUCCAGAAUUGCUAUCCCACCAGUUACGCCACCUGUUCUGCUUCAAGGGGCACUCAUUACAGUAGCUUUGAUGGUCAGAAGUUUGACUUCCAGGGCACUUGUAUAUAUCAGUUGACAGGGCUUUGUGAGAAGCGAAAAGAUUUGGUGGAUUUCCAGGUUCGUGUCCAAAACGACCAUUCUGUCAGCCAUUCUGUCAUCUUCCCAAAGAUGGCAGAGGUCAGGGUGGAAGGAACAGUGAUUGUGAUAAGUAGAGAACACCCUGGAAAAGUCAUGGUGAAUGGCUUUUUAAUCAACCUGCCUUACAGAACUAGGAACAAGAAGAUCCUCCUCUAUAGGAGAGGGCAAGAGACAGUGGUCCAGACUGACUUCCACCUAACUGUCACCUUUGACGGACAAAACUGGAUCACUGUAACUACGCCUAGUACUUAUGCUGGUACCCUUUGUGGUCUCUGUGGGAACUUCAAUGGCAACAAACUUGACGAGAUGACCAUGACAGAUGGGAAAGUGUCUCUGAGUCCAUCUACCUUUAGUGAGAGCUGGAUAGUGCAGGGGACACCAGGCUGUACCGAGGUGGUGAAAGAAGAAUGCCCUGGACUGUCAGUCCUAAGGAGCCGUCAGCGGCGUCUUGGAAGGGACUGUGGACUCAUUCUAUCCAAGAGAGGCCCUUUCCAAAUGUGUCAUACCAGAAUUAAUCCAGAGGAAUACUUUGAAGAUUGUGUGUAUGAUUCCUGCAUCUUCAAAAGCCAGCAAGCUUUUAUCUGCCAGGCCAUCAGGAACUAUGCAGCAGCCUGUCAGGCAGCUGGGGCAACCCUUGGACCUUGGAGAUCCGAUACCUUCUGCAAUCUGCCUUGUGCUGCAAAUAGCCACUAUGAACUCUGUGCUCAGGGCUGUACCCAGACUUCCUGUGGCAGCAUCUCUGUCCCUUGUUCAUCCAAAUGCCAAGAAGGCUGUGUGUGCGAUGAAGGCUUUGUGCAUAGUGGCGAUCAGUGUGUUCCCAUAUCCCAAUGUGGCUGCCUUUAUGAGGAUCGCUAUUACUUGGAAGAAGAAACGUUCUACCCAACAUGUGAGAAGCGUUGUAUAUGUCAGCCUGGAGGGACUGUGAAGUGUGAAGCUAACUCCUGUGGUCCUGAUGAAGAAUGCAGGCUGCUUGAUGGUGUUCAGAAAUGUCACUCAAUUGGCAGCUCUACCUGCUCAGUUUUUGGCACCACUCACUAUGUUUCCUUUGAUGGGCUGUACUUUAAUUUCCAAGGCUCAUGUACAUACACCUUGGCUGCAAGUAGCACUGAAAAUGAGGGACUGAUUCCAUUCACAGUCAGUGUGGACAAUGAGGUUUAUGGUGAUGGGAAGAGCUCCGAUACCAAGGCAAUCUCUCUCAUGGUGUAUGGUCUUACAGUGACAUUAGUGCAAAACAAACCAGGACAAGUGAAGGUGGGUGAAGUCCUCCAACCACUUCCUGUGACCCUUUCUGAAGGAAGGCUAAAAGCCUAUCAGCAUGGCAUGAAAGUAUUGAUAGAAGCUGACUUUGGCCUCACUGUGGGCUAUGACUUAGUCUACCACAUGACAGUCACCAUCCCAGGCACCUACCGAGGACAGGUGCAAGGCCUUUGCGGGAACUACAAUGGGCUGAAGGAUGACGAAUUCCUCCUCCCCAAUGGAAUGGUAAUCUCUAAUGCAACUGCAUUUGGGGCUUCCUGGAAGGUUCUUAUUCCCAAGGCAGAAAGCUCCUGCUCACAUGGAUGUUCUGGGAGUAGCUGCCCAGUCUGUGAGGAAAGGAAGAAGGAUAUUUUCAAGCAGCGCAACUACUGUGGGAUUGUCAUUGCACUUGAUGGCCCCUUCAAAGCCUGCCACAGCAAGGUGGACCCCAGCGUGUAUUUCAAUAAUUGUAUCUAUGAUUUGUGCCUGAGCAAUGGAGACAGCCAAGUUUUGUGCCGAAACAUCCAAAGUUAUAUGUCUGCCUGCCAAGAAGCCAGGGUCUCUGUUGUGCGUUGGAGAAGUCCAUCCUUUUGUGCUCUUAGCUGUCCCUCCAACAGUCACUAUGAGGUUUGUGCUGACCUCUGCUCUACCAGUUGUGCUAAGAUUGCCAACCCAAAAGGGUGUCCAGAGAGCUGCGCAGAAGGCUGCCAGUGCAAUGAUGGCUAUUUCUUUGAUGGUGUUGCCUGUGUUCCUGAGGAAAGCUGUGGGUGUUUCAAGAAUGGACGAUACUAUAAGCCUAAUGAACAAGUUCUACUAAAUGGGUGCCAGGAGCAUUGCCAUUGUACCCCUGGUCGGGGGGUGACCUGUGAAACACACAGUUGUGCCAGUGAUGAAAUCUGUGAGAUCCGAGAUGGCACAAUGGCUUGCUUUGGCUCUUGUGCAUCGAGUUCUAAGGGAAAGGAAUUUGUCACAGCAUUCCUUCACAACUGGCAACCUGUACCAAACACUAGGUUUGUGUUGCUUAUAACUGGACAUCAUCCUGCAACCUCAGUCACAGUAACCGUGAAAAUUCCUGCUUAUCACACAACUAUUGAAGUUAACGAAGGACAGAUGGUGUCAGUGGAACUCCCUACCUCUGUAGAGAUGAUCGGAACAGACAUCUUCGAUGCAACUGUGCUGAUACGUUCUAACAAAGACGUCUCCGUUUUCUCCCUCAGUUACAAGCCCUAUUCUCCUGGCGCCACUGUAGUGUAUCCAGUCCAACAGCUUGGCACAUUGCAUUAUAUCAUAACCCCACCAGGAACUGUAUCAGAAACAUUCAAGGAAUUUGCUGUUGUAGCCCAUCAAAACCCGACUAGAGUUGAGAUUGAUCUGACAGGACCUGUGACAUUCAACGGAAAGGUCUAUGGUGCAGGAACCAGACUUUCUGCUAACCUGGAAGCUUUUCAAACACUCCAGAUCCAAAGUGCAGAUGAUUUAUCUGGCACCAGAGUAGAAUCCACAGAGCCUGUGGCUAUCUUGAGUGGACACAGCUCUGCGGUGCAACACACGGUGUAUGAUCAUGUUGUUGAACAGCUCUUGCCUGUUUCUAGUUGGAGAACCACCUUCAUUGUCCCUCCAUUGUCCUUGCAGAAAACAUUUGACAUUGUGUAUGUGAUUGCCUCCAAAGCUACUUUGAUCAAAUACCAGUCUGGGUCCAAAACUGAUACCCGGAACGUGGAAGCAGGGGAAGUUGUCCAAUUUCAAGUGCAGAGCCCUGAACCAUUAUAUUUUUCUGCUGAUGCUGGAAUCCAGGUUGUCUUUUUUUUCACAGGAGCCACAAAUGAAGGUCUGGCGAUUGACCCAUUCCUUAUAAAUUUCCCAGCUUUAACAAGCUACUGUAACUCAUACUACAUUGAUGGAAUGAGUCAGUUUGAUAGUUAUGCUGUCAUCGUAGCCAAAGCCUCAGAAAUCAGUGGAAUCAAAUUAGGGAAGGAGCCCUUAGGAAACAUCCAGUGGAGACCAGUCCCAGGAACAGAAUAUUCUUGGGCUGAAUACAGUCUGAAAAAAGAGGAUCAGGCUGUUACAAUGGAGCAUCCUAGCUCUCCUUUUGGGCUCUUCAUCUUUGGAGACUCACAAGUUGAAGGUUACGGCUCUGUGGCUCUCUGCUCUUGUGAUGCAAUUCCUGUCCCAAUCCCCUUAUCCUGCCCUGAGAACAGCCACUACGAGGCCUGUGGAACUGCUUGCCCUGCAACCUGUUCUGACCGCACGGCUCCCCUGACAUGCGAUGAUACCUGUGUUCCCACCUGCCAAUGUAACAAGGACUACAUUCUUAGUGCUGGCGACUGUGUCCCAGUGGAGACCUGCAAUUGCACUUAUAAAGGUGCAACUUACAAGGCAAAGGAGGAGUUCUGGGAUGAUGAAGACUGUCAUACUCUCUGCAAGUGUGACCCCACAUUAGGCAAGGUUGUGUGUCAAGAAGAUUCUUGCAAAGGCAACAAAAAGUGUGUGGUGGUCAAUGGAGUCCGGGGCUGUCAUGCUCUCAAGCAUUAUACCUGUAUAGGAACUGGAGAUCCUCACUACACGACCUUUGAUGGGAAGAAAUAUGAUUUCAUGGGAACAUGUAUUUACCAGAUGGUGGGGCUCUGCUCAAAAGAUCCUACCCUCACCCCGUUUUUGGUCAGCGUGGAGAAUAACAACCGAGGCAACAAAGCAGUGUCCUUCACUAAAGUGGUAAUUCUGGAGGUAUACAACAUGACCAUCAGUAUGAGCCAAGAGUAUCCCAACAAGAUUCAGGUCAAUGGAGUCUUUGUGGACCUGCCAUUCUUCUAUAAGAACAAAUUGAAGGUUUAUGCCAGUGGAGUCCAUGGCUUCAUCAGAACCGACUUUGAUCUGAGAGUCAGCUUUGAUUGGUAUAGCUAUGCCAGAGUCAUCCUUCCCAGUACUUACAUCAAUGCUGUUUGUGGACUCUGUGGCAAUGCCAAUCAAGAUCCCAGUGAUGACUUUGCCAUGAGGAAUGGAACACAAACAAAGGAAGAAAUCCAAUUUGCAGAUAGCUGGAAGCUAAAGGAUAUCCCAGGAUGCUCAGCAGGCUAUACCAGUGAUCAUCCUGCAUGCAGUACAGCGGAGAAAGAGACCUACAAGGGCGACCAUUAUUGUGGAAUACUCAUCAAAAGGGAUGGCCCUUUCAGACAGUGUCAUAAAGCCAUUGACCCAACAACUUACUUUGAUGAUUGUGUCUUUGAUACCUGUGCAUAUAGAGGCCACUAUGAAACGCUCUGUAAAGCCAUCACUUCCUAUGUGACUGCAUGCCAAGAUCAGGGAAUCUUGAUUGGGGAGUGGAGAUCACCUUCCUUCUGUAGCCUUUCUUGCCCUCUUCAUUCCCACUAUGAACUCUGUGGAAGUGGCUGCCCUACCACAUGCCAGAGUCUCUCCAAUCCAAAAUCAUGUGAUAUUCCAUGUACUGAAGGAUGCUUUUGUGACCCAGGAUUCCUCUUAAGUGGGAGCCAAUGUGUUUCUCAAGCUAAGUGUGGAUGUUUACAUGAAGGCCAGUAUUACAAGCAAGGAGAAACGUUCUUCCCCAGCAGAAGUUCCUGUGAAAAUAAGUGUCGUUGCAAUGACAAUGGAGCAAUCAUGUGCGAAGACUUCUCCUGUGGAGCUGGGGAAGAGUGUAGGACAGAAAAUGGCAUCCAAGGCUGCUAUCCCACUGCAUAUGGCACCAUGAAAGUCUUUGAUGAUCCUCAUUUUAUUUCUUUUGAUGGGAGAAGUUUUUAUUUCCAUGGCUCCUGCACAUACAUCUUAGCUCAAGUUUGCAACAAGAAUCCUCGACUAAUGGAUUUCUCUGUGUUGGUGGAGAAUGAGAAACUUGAUGACAGACCUUUAAUUCUGAUAAAAACUGUCGUAAUCUCAGUACAUGGAUAUAGGGUAGUCCUUCAGAGGGGUAUACAAUGGGAAACAGUGUUAGAUGGAAAAUCCUACACUCUGCCAGUGAACAAAGGGAAUGGAAAACUCUGGAUCACUCAGGAGGGGAAUAACAUCAUUGUCCAAUCCUCCUUUGGCCUCACAGUCCUCUAUGACACCACUUCUUUUGUCCAUGUGUCUGUCCCUAACAACUACCAGGGACACAUGUGUGGCUUGGGAGGCAACUUCAAUGGAGACAAGAGGGAUGAUUUCAUGCUACCCAAUGGAGUAGUCACUGAAAAUAUGGAAGAGUUUGGGGCCUCCUGGAAGGUCCCUGUGGAUGGCGCCAUUUGCUCUGAUGGCUGUGGGGAGAGAUGCCCCACCUGUUCAGCAUCCAAGACUGAACCAUACAAGGCUGAGAGCUCCUGUGGAAUGAUCCUAUCCAAAUUAGGCCCAUUCAGAGAUUGUCACUCUUUGGUGAGACCUGCUGAGUACUAUGCACACUGCCUCUAUGCUAUGUGUGCAACUGAUGGGACACAAGAAUCUCUCUGUCGGAGUCUUCAGGCCUAUGUGACUGAAUGCCAAACAUCAGGAGCCAAGAUUACAGCUUGGAGAACAACCUCUUUCUGCCCUCCCACUUGCCCAGCUAACAGCCACUACGAGACCUGCACUUCAGUUUGUGAUUUCAGUUGUGCCAGUCUAUCCACUCCAAUCCAGUGCACAAAGAGGUGCUUUGAAGGCUGCCAAUGUGAUGAGGGCUAUGUGUUUGAUGGAGCCACAUGCGUGCCAAUGGACAGAUGUGGUUGUAUGCGGGAUGGAAUCUAUCACAAGAUCGGAGAGAGCUAUCUCUCAAACAAUUGCACAGAAAAAUGUACCUGCAGCUCCUCAGGCCAACUCAUCUGCAGGAAAACCAGUUGUCCUGCUGGGGCAGCCUGCCAACUCAGGGACAGUGUGCCAAGCUGUGUGAAGAAGGAUGGAGAGUGCAAACUCACCCCACAAGCCCAGCUUAUUUCUUUUGAUGGUGCCUCAGGGAAAUACAUGGCCAGUGGCAUCUAUGAAAUGGCCGUUGCUUGUGAUGGAGAUGCCGUCACCUGGUUCAGAGUGUUAGUGAGCAUCAACCAGAAUCAUGCUGAUGUGGCAGCUGGGAAAGAUGUCUACAUUUACUUCCCACAUGGAACCAUCUUGGUCAAAAACAAUGAACACAUAUGGGUAAAUGGACGCCUGGUAACCCUACCUUUCAAGAAAACCUGUGAGGGAAGUUCAGUUUCUCUGAAGAAAGACAUGACUGGAAUCCAUUUCGAGCAGGACUCUCAGGUGCAGAUUCACCUCUGUCCUGAUGGGGAGGUGACUGUGAAAGUCAACGGGGACCUCGGCGGGAAACUUUGUGCUGCAUGUGGAAACUUCAAUGGAGACAGAUCCGAUGAUCUGAAGCUGCCCAACGGGGUUGCCGCAAAGAGAUUUGAUGAAGUCCUCAAUGCCUGGGAGGUUGAAGUCUAGGAACAUUGGUAGAACAUUCCAAGGACAGCUUUUUUUGGGACUUAUAACUCUCCCGGUUCCACCUGGGCUCAGUCUGGAAGAACUGUAGGAGAUGGCUGGGCAGAAGGCUGUGGGAGAUUCAUCAUUCACUUCAGUACUCUACAUGACAUUAAGAAGACCUGCCUCAUUUCAGGUCUUAAGGCAGAGUCUCACUUUGAUUUUCAAAGCUAUGGAUAUUUGGAAUGAUCCAUCUUCAGGAAAAAGCUACUUAACCCUCAUGUGACCUACUGGUACUCAACCUUCAUUCAAAGAUGGAGCAAAGACAUACUUUGCUGCGUUUAAACCUAACUAGCUGAAAGACCAAAUGGGAAAGAAAGACAUUCACAUUUUGAUUUGUAUGUUCAUUUUAAUGUGAAUUUAUAGCAUUCUACACUUUCAAACCAAUGUCCAAAUUAAAACCCCACCUGUGAAUCAAACUUUACACUUCUCCAAGUUCUGGAAUAAAUCUCCCCGUUCUAAAAAAAA